AUGGCUGAAGGGGACAGAGUCGGAAUCGGGGGAUGGAUCACCACCAAACAAGGCAUGGCCUGGUUUGCCGAAGCCUGGACCAUGGAAGAGGUCAGGAGCACAUGGCCCUUCCUUACCAAGGAUGCCCAGAAAUACAUUGCUUGCUUUGAGACGCUCGCUCAGCUAGCACUAGCCAUGACAGCCCGAGAACGCCACGCCUUCUCGCAGUUUUCGGUCUGCCUACCUUUGCAGAGCGACAACACGCCCUCCGAGGCAGGCAUCAACAAGCUUUUCACUACUAGCUGGCCGCUCUCGCAGUUCCUUCAGCUGAUAGCAUCAUGGUCAUCCUGCCAUGGCGUUGACCUACAGGUGUCUCACGUUGCAGGAGCACACAAUCAAUGGGCAGACGACCUCAGCCGAGGCCACGUGGUCUGGACCCCCAAACACAACCAGCCCAUUGUUGCCCAGACCGGUCCACCUCCACCGCCCGCGGUGGGGGAUACUUGCCUGCUGCCUUACCGGUUGGAUCUGUCCUUGAAGUGGGGGAGUUUAUGCCUUGGCUAG